GCUCUGUUCUCUCUCGGGGCUGGGACGUGAUUUCUGCCUCUGCCUCACUCAGCAAACACUUGGUCACUCAGCAGCUUGCUCUCGGCAUGCACCUGGCAUAUCUCAUCCUCACCGUCUUCCUGGGCCAGCUCCUGGGCUCCACGGGGCAGGACACGGUCACCCAGGAAGAUGGACCAGUCACGGUGAAGCAGGGACAGCCCUUCCACACCACCUGCAAAUACCACAGCAGUUAUUUAAGGGCAUUGCUCUGGUACCAGCUGAGGAAAGGCCAAGCCCCACAGCUGAUCUCCUAUCAAGCAGGGACUGGCCCCAGGCCCAGUGGCCGAAUCACCACAUACCUGAACACCACGAGCAAAUCCAGUGUCCUGCGGCUGGAGGAAGUGGAGCUCUCUGACACUGCCUUGUACCUCUGUGCUGUGCAAGACACCCUGGUGCAGAGAGCUUCCUCAGCUGUGCAACAACCCAGGGCAGGGAGGGGAUGUGUCAGUGCAAGGCUGAGCUUGGGGAAGGACCCUGAUGGCACCCCAGUGCUCACCAGAAUUUGCAUCCACACGUGUGUACAAUGGUCUGAUGGUUUUGAUUACGUCCAUCCUGACACUCCCCUUGGGAAAGGAUUUUGGACUACUUUGACUCAUUUCCAUCCUAUUGUGCAGUCUGUAAGGAAAGAAAAAUAUCCCCUGUGCUUGCCUGGGACCUUGUCCAUCCACGCUCCAGCCCUGCUGCUUUUGGCCCCACGUGUCCUCAGCAGAGCCCAGGCCUGGUUGUGUGUUGCUGCCUGGGGUGCCCUUGGAGCAGCCCCGUUUGCAUGGACACACGUGAAGCACGGAUUUGUCUGUGGCUCCCCACUGGACAGCACGGCCCUGUGUGUGUCCCUGAUCGGGAGGGAAUGUCCUGACCAUGCCAGGGACACCGAGCACUGUCCUGGCCCUGAACAGCAGAGAGCAGCAGCUGCCCAGGCUCACAAACAGCCUGGGAGCGGCUGAGCGGGGCCGGCAGCUGCCCGCUGCAGGUGUGUGCAGGGUGGAUCUGGUC